AUGAGACCCAGCAUCAAUUUCGUUGUCAAUGCCCUUUGGCUGACAAGCCUAAGCACUCCUUCUGCUGCCGCUCCCUCCAAUGGCAACUAUGGUCUUAAGGGUCCUGAGCUGAAGCAUUGGCCUGCCCAAGCAGCCAAAGCUCUCAACAAGAUGAUUGCUCGCAAUGCCAACAAUGGUCGCUAUGCUGUCUUCGACAUGGACAACACCAGCUAUCAAUUCGAUCUGGAGGAAUCACUUCUUCCUUACCUUGAGAACAAGGGUGUUCUUACACGAGAGACCAUGGACCCUGCUCUCAAGCUGGUCCCUUUCAAAGACACCAAGAAGCACAAGGAGUCGCUGUACAGCUACUACUUGCGCCUCUGUGAGAUUGAGGAUGCUGUCUGUUAUCCCUGGGCUGCACAAAUCUUCAGCGGAUUCCCCCUUGGCGAGCUCAAGGGUUACGUCGAUGAGCUGAUGGCAUACAACAAGACCAUCCCCACCACCUACUUCGAGGACGACAAGGUCACUGCCACCGAAGUCUCCCCUCCCAAGAUCUUCGAGGGCCAGGUCGAGCUGUACAACCGCCUCAUGGCCAACGGUAUCAAGGUCUACGUCGUCAGUGCUGCUUCCGAGGAGCUUGUCCGCAUGGUUGCUAGCGAUCCUAAAUACGGCUACAACGUCCCUCCCCAGAACGUCAUCGGUGUAUCUCUCUUCCUCAAGACUAAGAAGGGCGAGAUCACCACUGCUCGCAAACAGAUUGAGGAUGGUGACUACACUAAAAAGACACAGAAGCAGAACCUUGAAGCUGAGAUGACUCCCUGGCUCUGGGCUCCGGCUACUUGGAAGUCUGGAAAGUGGGCUGCUAUUCUGACCUACAUUGAUGAGUGGAACAGGCCUAUUCUUGCUGGUGGUGAUACUCCCGAUAGUGACGGUCCCAUGAUUUUCCAGGGUGUUGAUGUUGCGCGUGGCGGUAUUCACCUUUGGGUUGAUCGUAAGCCUGCUUACAGAGAGCAGAUUGACGGCAUGAUCAAGAACAACACCAUUGCUCAGAAGAAGGAAGGACUACCUGUUACAGCUGACAAGAACUGGGUCUUCGUGACGCCAAAGGAGCUUCACUAAAUUAUGUUCUAGCUAACAUGACCGAUAUUUUAAUAACUAACAUGUUUAACUCUCAAACACCACAUAACUCGACUAAUUUCCUAAGCAUACUGCAGUCUCUCUUUGGUCCAGUCUGGGCGGAGAUACUUGCUGUCAAACUUGACAUCGAAGCUCGAUGUAUGAGUAUAGUCAACCUCCCACUCAACCUUGACCUCGCCACCUUGAGCACUCUGACUCCAAACCGUUACGGCGAUGGUGUUUUCUCCAUUGUAGUUCAGAACACCAGGAGGGACAGGGAAGGAGAUUUGGUUGCCGAUGUAAGGGUUGAAUCGUCCGUACUGGUAGCCGUUGACGAAUAGAAGAACUCUGACUUGGUUGCUGUAGCCCUUCUUCGUGGCGGCGAAGGUCGUGUUGGAAGGUGCCGUAAGCUUGAACGAGACACCAACGUCUAGGCCAUCAGGAACAUCAAGAUCCACAGUCAUUCUAUAGGCACGGACUCCAGCCGAAGGGUUGACGAGUGUUCCCUGUUUGGAAGAGUAUGACUUCCACUUCUUGUCGGAAAAGCCAGGCAAGUGAGCGCCGAUACGCUCAGUGUAGAGACCACCUUCAUUGAGGGGGCCACGAAUGGGAUCGAUGACCUCGCCCUCAACGCUUCCAGCAUGACCAGCAAUCUUCCAC